GAGAGAAUAGCAGGAAGUGUGAAGGGACAUCUGCUUCAACUGACCCCUCUUACUGGGCACCUUCCUGGUCAUCCCCACAGUCUGCCUCCUUGGUCACUCUCAGUACAUGCACACUGCUCCUCCCUAGCCUGGCAGGAGGUGGCUGGGUUAGGAUCCAAAGGGCAGGUGCCCUGCAGCUGCUCCAGGGCAAUUGCUCCAGAGCCACACUCCAGUUGGCCAACUGAUUGUGGCUGUCACAGCACUCUGCCAGGGCUCCUAAUAGGAGGAGACACUGGGACAAAGAGAAAACCAGAAGCAAAGGGGAGGGAGAGCCUGGAUGAUGCCAUAGCAAUCAGCCCCCAAGUUGGGACUAAAGGGUCUUCAAGAAGUCCAGCCCUAACUGCAAGCUCACCGUGUACUUGGGCAAACGGGACUUUGUAGAUCACCUGGACAAAGUGGAUCCUGUAGAUGGUGUGGUGCUUGUGGACCCUGACUACUUGAAGGACCGCAAAGUGUUUGUGACCCUCACCUGCGCCUUCCGCUAUGGCCGUGAAGACCUGGAUGUGCUGGGCCUGUCCUUCCGCAAAGACCUGUUCAUCGCCACCUACCAGGCCUUCCCCCCAAUGCCCAAUCCGCCCCGGCCCCCCACACGCCUGCAGGACCGGCUGCUGAGGAAGCUGGGUCAGCAUGCCCACCCCUUUUUUUUCACAAUACCCCAGAAUCUGCCCUGCUCCGUCACACUGCAGCCAGGACCAGAGGACACAGGGAAGGCCUGUGGUGUAGAUUUUGAGAUUCGAGCCUUCUGUGCCAAAUCACUAGAAGAGAAAAGUCACAAAAGGAACUCUGUGCGACUGGUGAUCCGAAAGGUGCAGUUUGCCCCAGAGAAACCUGGCCCCCAGCCUUCAGCUGAAACCACGCGCCACUUCCUCAUGUCUGACCGGUCCCUGCACCUUGAGGCUUCCCUGGACAAGGAGCUGUAUUACCAUGGGGAGCCCCUCAGUGUCAAUGUCCACGUCACCAACAACUCCACCAAGACCGUCAAGAAGAUCAAAGUCUCUGUGAGACAGUACGCUGACAUCUGCCUCUUCAGCACCGCCCAGUACAAGUGUCCCGUGGCUCAGAUCGAACAAGAUGACCAGGUAUCUCCCAGUUCCACGUUCUGUAAGGUGUACACCAUAACCCCACUGCUCAGUGACAACCGGGAGAAGCGUGGUCUUGCCCUGGACGGGAAGCUCAAGCACGAGGACACCAACCUGGCUUCCAGUACCAUUGUGAAGGAGGGUGCCAACAAGGAAGUGCUGGGAAUCCUGGUGUCCUACAGGGUCAAGGUGAAGCUGGUGGUGUCUCGAGGCGGGGAUGUCUCGGUGGAGCUGCCUUUCGUUCUUAUGCACCCCAAGCCCCAUGACCACAUCACCCUCCCCAGACCCCAGACAGCCGCUCCAGAAACAGAUGUCCCCGUGGAUACCAACCUCAUUGAAUUUGAUACCAACUAUGCCACAGACGACGACAUUGUGUUUGAGGACUUUGCCCGGCUUCGGCUGAAGGGGAUGAAGGAUGACGACUACGAUGAUCAAUUCUGCUAGGAAGGGGGGCUGGAAGAAGGGAGUGGAUGGUACUGGGAGAGGUAGGGGCAGGACCAAGAUCCCCACUGUCACUGAGGGGAGGUGUCCCAGCCUCUCUUCCCCUCCCCUCCAUCCGGCAGCUUCCUCAACCAACCCCUUCGCUCCCUCUCCCCCAUCCCAACAUACGCACUGGACCGGUCUCUUGCUGAAAGUGGGCAUUAAUUUUUUGACUACAGCUCUGCUUCUCCAGCCCCCCAGCGGGUGGCAAGCUGUGUUCAUCCCUAAAUUUUUUGGAGGGGACACUGAAAAGAGAAGUGGUAGUAGGGAAAGGGGGAGAAAGAACUACCACAUUCAACCUCACACCAACACCCCCUCCUGUUACUCUCUCUGCCUCCCAUUCGAUAAGACCCUUGGGGGGGCAAGGCUGUUGCUUUGUUUCUGAGCAUAAAGAAGAAAAUAAACCUUUUAAUAGGCAUGA